AUGAAGAACUACUUGAUCAACAACAAAAAGAAGAACAAACUGCAGAAAACCCACAACAAGAAAAUUCACCCGAACCAAAUGCCAUUAAGGAGAUCUGAUAGAACAAGAAGAUCCACAACAAUUUUGGAUUAUGUGUACUUACAAGAAGCAAAUUUUGACAUUUCAAAUGAGGUUGAUCCAACAAGUUUUAAAGAAGCUAUGAAGAGUCAGAAUGCAGAUAAAUGGAGGGAAGCAAUGUUGAACGGACUCAAAAGCAUGAAGAAUAAUCAAGUAUGA